AUGACAACGGAAGAGGAGACUGGCCUGGGUUCUCCCAACAACCCAGAGCAGGAACAGACCCAUCAGGAACAGAAGGAAGAAGAACAGCAGGAGAAUGAAGAUAGAACUUCUUCCCAAGAAGGAUUGGUUCCUCUCGACCUGCAAGAGAUUGUGGAAGCUCGGCUAAAAGAUUUGGAUGCCACCGGAAGCAAACAACAGCACACACUACAUUUUUUCCAAACAGAGAAAAGCCCACACACACACAAAACAGGAGCAGUAGGAUGCACAAUGGUCAAAGGCCCACAGGCUGAUCUGGCCACACACAAAAAAACUGCAGAAUACGGGGAAGAAAAUGUUGCAAUAGUCGAUCUGGCCAGAAUAAUGGAGGCUCGGCUCCGGGAUUCUGGUCUCUGCCAAGGUGAAAAUACUACCACUCAAGAACAGGACGACACCCGAAUUGAACUCGUUGACACUAACACCAAUGCAGCUCCCGAGGAUAUGGCACAAAAUGGUGACAAAGAUCGGCUUAUGCCUUUGCCUCAAUUGGAACGGACUGCUGCCAACAGAAGGGCCCAAGUACAACCAGGUGCAUUCCCAAGUGGAGGAAAUUUUCAAAGAACAGGGGAAAAUUUGGAAACCGCAGAGAUGACACACAUUGAACCCACGACUACUCAGCCACCUACGAUCGAACCUACAAAUGACAAUGUACUUGUGACAAAUCUGCCCGAAGAAGAAGAAGGGCGCCCGGGAGCCUAUGCCCAUGUACCUGGUACCGGUACAGAACUCAGACGCAAUACCACCCUUCGUCGAUCACUUUUGGGUGGUGGUUCGUUAUCCUCUUCAUUGGUGGAUCCUUCGUCCCAGACACUGUCGAGCAUGCAAUAUGAAUCGGCCCAGCUACCUGUCCAACUGGGUACAGCUCGUUGUAUUCCCGAGGACGGCUUGGCUGUGGCUGACCCAGUAGAUUCAUCUCAUUUUCGUAAUCUACCCCAGGCUCAAAAUUACAAUGGUGAGAUUGAAGAAACAAGGAGAUCAGAAAAGGAUAAGCAGUUCAAGACAAGAAUUCUCGGGGGAGGUUUUUUGCUCAUCGCCUUGGCCAUCAUCGUGUUGUCUGUUGUUCUCCUUCACAAGAAAGAAGACAACGUGGCUCCGAUCCUGCCAAUUUUACCCAGCAUGUCCCCUUCAGAAGCCCCAACCAUGUCUUUAGAGGGAAGUAUCAAGGCGUUGCUUGAAGAGGACACUCUCCUGGCUUUGGAAGAACCUGACUCUCCUCAGUCCAUGGCAUUUGAGUGGCUGUUGGAAGACUAUGAAAAUUGGCCUCUGUACACUUCAGGAAGAGUCGGCUUCUUUCCAUCCAAAGAUUCACCUCCAACCACAUGCAAUGAGGAUGGUAUCUAUCAGAAUCUCUGGCUUGACUUCAACAAUCUGGGUGGGUCGCUACCAGAGGAAAUCUACCUCCUGACUUCUCUGAAAACGUUUUCCCUAGGAUACAACCACAUGCAGGGAACAGUCUCAACUUUGGUGGGACAAAUGACUUCGUUGAAGGGACUCACUAUGGGUUCCCCUCUAGGCAUCGGAACCAUUCCUUCAGAACUCGGACUUUUGACAAAGUUGAAAUACCUUGGACUACAGGGCAAUAAUGAUCAGGUAUCUCUCAAGGGAUCCAUUCCCAGUGAAAUUUGGCAGCUUACAAACUUGGAAACGCUUGGAAUGCCGCGCAACUCCCACUUGCAAGGCCUUAUUCCAUCUGAUGUCGGAAUGCUUUCCAAGUUGACAUGGCUCAACUUUAAUGAUUGUGACCUGACAGGUUCAAUCCCAACAGAGAUUGGCCUUGUAACCGAUCUUCAAUGGAUGAUCUUGUAUGGGAACAGAAUGACAGGAACUCUUCCUGGUGAAUUGAUGCAUCUUUCCAAACUGAGCUAAGUAGCUCAGUUUGGGAAUUCAUUUCAAGGCACAAUCCCCUCGGAGUUGGGCACAGUUGCUCCUCUUCUCCUGCUUACAAUAAGGGACAACCAGCUCACAGGCCCUGUGCCAAGUGAGCUAGGGCUUUUAACAAAACUGGCCUUUACUCUCAACCUGAGGAACAAUCAGCUGUCUGGAUCCAUCCCUUCAGAGCUAGGUCGUUUCUCAGGGCUGGAGGAACUUGAGCUUCAAGGCAACCAACUCUCUGGUUGGAUUCCUAGUGAGCUUGGUCUGCUGUCAUCAAUGGGCCACUUGACUCUUGCGAGCAAUGCUCUUUCUGGAACUGUUCCCCACGACCUCUCCAACCUUCAACCAACUCUGCACACGCUAAGGCUGGAAGGCAAUCCACUGCUGUCUGGAACCAUUCCAGAAGGAGUGUGUGGCAUCAAUGGGACUUGCAUUGGAAGUGCCGUCGACUCUUGCGAAGGUUCUUUUGGAUUGUUGUUUGAUUGUACUGGUCUACUCUGUGGAUGUGGCUAGCUAUCUAGCUAGCUAGCAAAUACUCUGGGCGUUGUAUGCUUCUCAAAUACAUAAUAACUGACUGCAGAUCUAUGCUACUCUGCCAUUUUCUUAGCCAAGCUUCGUUCUGGAGCAUCUGGAGCAAGCAACUGUUAUGCUUUCGUCAACCAAAUUGCUUAU